GAGAUGAACAGUACGGGAAGACCGCUCACCAGCGUUAGCAGCCAAUCCAAAUUGGCUGGCUGAAUAUGCUCAAGCCGGUGGAUCACAGAUCGCAUAGUGAGUGGUAUUUACCUCUGGAGAAAAACAUGUUUGUUCCAUUUGGUGAAGUGUUGAUGGCUACGUGUACGCUUGCGAGUCUUCGACAGCGCACAACGAGAUCCCGCUCGAUCAAUGGGCAGCGAAGCAGUAUUGCUUGCAUUUGCACCCCAUGUGAUUCCCUCGCUGUCUCCGAGCAUCCAGGCAUCCAGGUAUCCCCGCGCUUCCGCGAACCCGCGGUGGACAGUCCUGCACACCAAUCAACAGGUUGCGGGGGGAACAAGAGGAAGGAAGGGAGUCAAAUCAAAACGCGUUCAAAACGCAGGAGCGAAGGCACAACAGGCCACUUGUUUCUGGACCCGACUACGACAGCUGGGGAAACUGAGGUUACAACGUCGGGCCUAGCACCUUUCACUAUUUCAUCACUUAUUCACUGUCCAGUCUCGUCCAUUCGCAGGAGAAGUCUCGGCUGGCGGAAAAUUAUCUGUAUGGUUAGGAGAAGGCUCCGUCGCUGAACUACUGGGUGGAACCAAACUCUUCCGCCUUCCGGGAGGGUAGCGUGAGCGGAGGCUGACAGCGGAGCGGGCAAUAUCACACCAUUCAUGGAUGCAUAGCGGAUUGAUUGAUCGUCGGGUUGGCGAGUGCAGGGCGGUAAUGGCGAGUAACAUGGUUGGCGAGAGGAAAAUGCCUCCUCC